CAACUCUGAACUGUAUUUAGGCGUGUGGGCCGUUCUUUAUUUUCUUUAUAAAUUUACCCUUUUUAUUCAUUUUUCACAAAUCAAACUCAAAAAACUCACCAUGGAUAGAAUAGAAAUGGAUAAGGAGAGAUUAACGGCUGAGAUGGCUUUUAAGGAUUCCUCCUCCGCCGUUAUCAAGAUCCGGCGACGCUUGCCGGACUUCUUACAGUCUGUUAAGCUCAAGUACGUUAAAUUAGGUUAUGGUUAUUCAUGCAAUCCUGCAACUACACUGUUGUUACUUAUCAUCCUUCCACUAGCCAUAUCCACUCUUGUCCAAAUCACUGGUCUCGAACUAGACCGGGUUUACCAAAUAUGGAAGACCAAGUCUGUUCAGCUCCACGAAAUCGAUGCAGCCACCAGACUGGCUGGUUCGGCUUUGCUGCUCGUUCUUUUGGGAGUGUACUGGGCAAAGCGGUCUAGCCCGAUUUAUCUGGUGGAUUUUGCGUGUUACAAACCGGAAGAUGAGCGGAAGAUGUCGGUGGAGUCGUUCAUAAAAAUGACAGAAGAAAGCGGUUCGUUUCGAGACGAAACGGUUGAGUUCCAGAAGAAAAUAUCGAUUCGGUCCGGUCUGGGCGAUGAGACUUACUUUCCGAGAGGAAUAACAGCAAAACCGCCGAAUUUGAACAUGGAAGAAGCCAGAAUAGAAGCGGAGACAGUCAUGUUUGGUGCAUUAGACUCACUUUUCGACAAGACCGGAGUUAAGCCGACCGACAUUGACAUUCUCAUCGUCAACUGCAGUUUAUUUAAUCCAACUCCGUCACUUUCUUCAGUGAUAGUCAAUCAUUACAAGCUUCGAACAGACAUAAAGAGUUAUAACCUCGGUGGAAUGGGGUGCAGUGCUGGUCUUAUAUCAAUCGACCUAGCUAAAGAUCUUCUAAAAGCAAAUCCAAACUCGUACGCACUCGUCGUAAGCACCGAAAACAUAACUCUCAACUGGUAUUUCGGGGAAGACAAAUCAAUGCUACUACCAAAUUGUUUGUUCCGAAUGGGCGGAGCUGCGGUUCUCGUUUCGAACAAGUCCCGAGACAAGGCUCGGGCGAAGUACCAGCUGGUGCACACGGUCCGAACACACAAAGGAGCCGAUGAUAAACACUACCAAUGUGUUUACCAAAGAGAGGAUGAAAAAGGCGCGAUUGGCGUUUCGUUAGCUCGUGAAUUAAUGGCAGUAGCUGGCGAUGCAUUAAAAACAAACAUAACUACAUUGGGUCCUUUAGUACUACCUUUAAGCGAACAGUUCAUGUUUUUUGUCACUUUGGUAAGAAAAAAGCUCUCGAAAGCGAAAGUAAAACCCUACAUACCCGAUUUCAAGCUCGCUUUCGAGCAUUUUUGCAUCCACGCCGGCGGUCGAGCUGUUCUUGAUGAGAUACAGAAGAAUUUGCAGCUGAGUGAUUGGCAUAUGGAGCCUUCAAGAAUGACUCUGCAUAGAUUUGGAAACACUUCUAGUAGCUCACUUUGGUAUGAAUUAUCAUACACAGAAGCUAAAGGUAGGGUUUGCAGAGGAGAUAGGGUUUGGCAGAUUGCAUUCGGGUCGGGUUUCAAGUGCAAUAGUGCGGUUUGGAAAGCGUUAAGAGCUGUUACUUUUGAUGAAUCAAGUAGUAAUCCGUGGGCUGACUCCAUUGAUAAGUACCCGGUUAAGGUUGCUGUAGCUUAAGAGAAAUUAUUAGUAGUUUUGGAAUUAAUUGUUGAAUAUAGAAGUGUCGGAUUUGAUAGCCCACCCACUUAAAUUAGUAACGUGGAUGUGGGUCUUAGUGGUUUGUGUUCAUUUUAUAUCAUACAGCUUUUAAACCUUUUUAUAUUUA